UCGAAUAUGCCUAGUACAGUCGAACACCUUGACAAUCGAUGGGUGCUAUUUCGAUUAGCGCAACUGACUUCCUGUCUCUCUGCGCCUGCGGAAUCUUCCUUUUUCUAGCGAUAACCGAGCGUGAAUGUCGCUGUGGUAAACAAAAUAUAAAUCGCAGACAUGGUGCGUAUGAACGUUCUCAGUGAUGCUCUCAAAUCGAUCAACAAUGCCGAGAAACGUGGCAAGAGGCAAGUCCUCCUUCGCCCCUGCUCGAAGGUGAUCGUCAAAUUCCUCACAGUCAUGAUGAAACAUGGCUACAUUGGUGAAUUUGAAAUUGUCGACGAUCAUCGUAGUGGAAAGGUUGUCGUUAACCUGUCCGGAAGGCUGAACAAAUGUGGCGUAAUCUCUCCCAGGUUCGACGUCCCAAUCACAGAUAUUGAAAAGUGGACCAACAAUCUACUGCCAUCUCGUCAGUUUGGAUAUGUUGUACUGACAACGAGUGGAGGUAUUAUGGAUCACGAAGAGGCAAGAAAAAAACAUCUUGGAGGCAAAAUCUUAGGAUUCUUCUUCUAAUUUUAAUUCACACAAAAAACAAAUGUGUCAACAACAUCAAGAACAACAAUUGUACAAAAGUAAGAUGUACAGAAAUCACACCAAGGCAUAAAUGCUGUUGAUACAACCAUAA